UAUAACAAUGGGCGUGGCAAUAAGCCGGUACACAGAGCUGUUAUCCAACGAGUUGCUGGCGCGCUUCUGCUCCACUGAGGUGAUCUGCCCCAAUGACCCGUUCUGGAAUCAGUUGUUGGCCUUUAACAUCACUCCACCAGGGUCUGCGGAAGAACAACUAAUGUUUGACUCAAGUCUAGAAGCAUUACUGCAGAAGUUCCUCCAGAACAACACACAGAGCGGCAAUCUCGGAUCACUAGUUCAGGUGUUCAUUACACGUGCCACCGAGUUACUCGCCGCGCCAAAUACUGACAAUGUGAUGCUUGCUUGGCAAACAUUCAACGCGUUAUUCGUGAUACGAGCGGUGACAAAGUAUUUGGUCGAGAUGGUGCCGGAGUACGAAGUAUGCCGACAUUUGGAUGCUCAGGCUGAACGGCGGCCCAACGGACCAGUGGAUCAGACUGUUACUCCUACAGAUGCCCCAGUAGACUCCAGCCCGGCCUUGAAAGAGAACAUUAAUGCAGUGCAAUCUUCCCCCAAACUGGCAAACAACGAAAGCCGGGUCGAAAUGCUAGUAGACGCAUUGAUUGGAAUGAUCAUCGAAGUGCCAGUUACAGACAACACUUACUACCUUCACCUGGAGUGCAUUAACACCGUGCUAGUGUUGAUGUCUGUAUACAUGUUCGCCGGUGUACACGGACAAGCUAGACUGACCGAGACAUCGCUUAUUUAUAGAACCCUCUUUCAAGGAAGGUAUACAAUGCACGCCCCACUUCUUGUGAAGACACUAGCAAACAAUUUUUCAAGCAUGAUGGCUGUGCCCCCACAAAUGUUUGGCACCGGUGGCGAUGGGGGGAGUGUACUCAUUAACUUAGCAUCCGGACUCUGGAACAUGCUUACCUUCUCAACUCCAGUCAGACAGACGAUCUACACUGCACCCCCUGCUGAUAGACACGAGCUACUGGACAGGUUGAAGAAAGAGCACCCUGUAGCUAAUCAAUCGUGUUUGUUACUGUUGGCGCUGGCCAAUCACUGUAUGCGAGAAGAUAACUUGUAUAGAAGCGCUUUGUUGGCCUGUGAGGACGUUUCCACAGAAACAACAUCAACGACUCCACAGAAAGACACCAAUGGCGGUACCGGCGUUCAGGUGACACCUCCUAGAAUAAAUAUGGCGGCUCUCCACACAGCCCUGUGCGCAACAGCGGGAUGCGAGCACUCAACGCUAUUUCUCUACUUGAUGUUGCAUUCGUGCAAGGCGUACAAGAGAUAUGUGAGCAACGUGCCUAAUAUUGAAAAUUUGAUAGUACCAAUCCUCCAAGUGUUGUACAACGCUCCGGACAGCAACUCGCAUCACAUCUAUAUGUCACUAAUCGUCCUUCUUAUUCUCACAGAGGACGACGUGCUUAUAAAGAAUGUACAUUUAAUUACUUUAAAAAACCUCACGUGGUACACAGAGCGUGCAAUAUCAGAAAUAUCACUCGGCGGUCUAAUGGUUUUAGUCAUAGUUCGGGCGUUGCAAUACAAUAUGGUUCGAGUGAGAGACAAAUACUUGCAUACUAAUUGUCUUGCCGCCAUCGCCAAUAUGAGCUGUGAAUUUCGAAACCUUCACCCCUACGUUGCUCAAAGGUUAAUAUCGCUGUUCGAAACGUUAAAUAAGCGACGCGCGCGCCUCUGCCUCGAAAUCGAAGGUGGCGACAUCAGUGGUCUCGAAUUACCCCAUCACGCGCAGGACAAAACGGAGGAAAUUAUGGACCACAUAUCAGUACUGGAUGAAGUCCUGCGCAUGCUCUUAGAAAUAAUAAAUUCGUGUCUCACGCACCAGUUGGUGAACAACUUGAACCUGGUUUACGCGUUGCUACACAAAAGGCAUAUAUUUCAACAACAACAGCAUCCCAUUACGCAAAACAUUGAAAUGGUAAUUGGAUAUUUCUCAACACGCUUACAACGGGUCCAAGAAGGCGCUGGCGGCGAUCUCGGCGUCACUGAAGUCCUGGCUUGUAUCAAGAAGGGCGGGGAACAAUGGUCGAGUGACAGAUUGAAGAAAUUCCCUGAUCUGAAAUUCCGUUACGUGGAAGAAGAACGUCCCGAAGAAUUCUUCACUCCCUACGUUUGGGGCCUCAUUAGCAGUUGCGGCGGAGUGCACUGGGCCAGCGAAUGCAGCGCGAGAGCAGUCACCGACUUGCUGACUUGCUGAUCCAUAUAUCUUCGAGAUAUUUGUGAUUUUAUAUGUUUCUUCUGGGAUUGGAGAUGAAUGAUUUUUGGUAUAACGACGCUGUCUGUUGACGGAAAAGUACUUUAACGACAUCGUCUUAUGGUAGUAACCUACUACCGUCAGUGUCGCCUUCUAUUAUGCACUUAUAUAACAAACUACCACGAAAGACCAGUUUUUACUCCCGAU